GCCAAUGGGAGACGAUAGCGCCAAGAGUUUGGAACAGCCCAAAUGGAGCUGGACCCUGAAUUUGGCUGUCUAUGGCACUACGCUGGGUGCCACUCUGCCUGUGGGCUACUGUAUGGGCGUGGUGAAUAGUCCAGCUGUGCACAUGCGCUCCUGGUGCCAGGAGACGCUACUGGCGCGCUACGAUCUGCAGUUAAGCGAUGGCGCCCUGGAUCUGCUAUGGGCCACUGUAGUCUCCCUCUUCCUAGUCGGCGGCGCUGUGGGUUCCAUGACAGGCGCCUCGAUAGCCAAUCGAUUUGGUCGCCGUCCCGCUGCCUUUAUCUGCGGUCUGCUGCUGGGCCUGGGCGCCAUCUGCUUCUAUGCCUGUCGCCCGCUGCGCUCCGUGGAGCUGUUGUGUCUGGGCCGGUUGCUGGCGGGCGUGGCUGCUGGCCUGGUCAUCGCCUGCAUGUCCAUGUAUCACAGCGAGCUGGCUGCACUGCAGCAACGCAGCAAAUUGGCGCCGCUCUGCGGUCUCGGCUUGACCCUGGGCGUGGUCGUGGCCCAAGUGUUUAGCCUGCAAACGGUGCUGGGCGGACCGGAUUACUGGCAUCUGGCCCUGGCGCUCUACGGCAUCUUUGUGCUCCUCUGCUAUGCGCCCUUCAAGUGCUAUCCGGAGAGCCCCAAAUGGCUGUACAUUGUCAAGGGUCGCAAGGUGCAGGCGGCUCAGCAGCUGCAACUGCUGCGUGGCUAUGCCCAAGACAGUGAAGCGUUGCAGGCGGAACUUCGCGACAUGGAGGAGGAGGCGCGGGUGAAGAGCACGCCAAGCAGUUACGCCCAGGUGCUACGUAAUCCCCAGCUGCGUCUCCCUCUCGCCAUUGUCUUCAUCUAUCUGGGCGGUCAGCAGCUGUCCGGCAUCAAUGCGAUCUUCUACUACUCCGUUUCCAUAUUCCGGCGUGCGGGCCUGAGCUCCCAACAGGCGGAGUUUGCCAAUCUCGGCGCUGGCUGCGUAAAUCUAGCCGCCGCCAUGUUGGGUCCCAUCCUAAUGGAGCGCUUCAAUCGCCGUCCACUGAUGCUCUUCUCCAGCUUCUUCUGCUGCGUCUUUCUGUUUCUCUUUGCCAUGCUACUCCAGUUUAUUGAUCUCUAUAGUUGGUUUGCCAUGGCCUGCAUCGUCUGCAUCUUUCUGUAUAUUGUUGGGUUUCAAUUUGGGCUGGGUCCAUUGCCUUUCUUCAUAGGCGCAGAGCUCUUUGAGGUGGCGCCACGUUCCGCUGCCAUGUCCCUGGGCAGCGUCGUCUAUUGGCUUUGCAAUUUGAUCGUUGGCAUGGCCUUUCCCACCUUACAAAGCGCUUGGGGUGCUCUGGUCUUCCUGCCCUUCUCACUCGCCUGCCUGCUGGUCUUCAUGUUCACCCUACGCUAUGUGCCAGAGACCCGAGGCCGCGAUCCAUCCGAGGUGGCGCCACUUGUGGCCGAUGGCUUCAAAUCAAAGCGACCCAGACAGUGA